CUACAGUUUCAUACACAUUUCGAGGCUUCUAUGGAAUCUGACGGAAGGCCAGAAGUCAUUCGGACCGAUGUUGUGCCAUCGAAACUAGCAAUGCCGACGAGGUGUUUAGGCAUGAUGCGGAGCAGCUUCCAACCCUGCUCUACCACUCCUGAAUUCUCGCUUUCCAAACCGGGCUUUAUCCAGCGCUUCCCCGCCCCUCUUCAGCGACGUUACCUACUAGAUACCACGACCGGUGAUACCUCGUGGAUGUGCUGCAAGAAGCCGAUUCGACUAUCCAUCUCUAAUAAAUGCCUUUCCAUUCUCACUGUGGACAUGGCUUCAAGCUUGCACUCGCACAAUCGACUGCAGGGACUUGGGGUCAAUGCGGAGGUAGGUCUGACAAUACAAAGCGCACAGACGACUGACCCGAAUAGGUAUUGGUUGGACUGGGCCUACUGCUUGCCCAAGCGGGCUGAUCUAAAUUUGGUUAAAGCACUCAGCCCAGAAUGGACGACUGCCUAUAACAAGGCCAAGACGGCCGUUGCGAAGCUAAGUCUAUCCGAGAAACUCCUUCAGGUGUUCAAUGGCAAAGGGGACAUUGCGUCGGAAAUACCCCUGCAAUUUCUUCGAUCAACUUUCCGGGACUAUGCCUUCAAGACGGGCCACUGGGUAAGGGAUCAACUCCCUUCGUCCGUAAGGGGUUUCAUAUACGCGAGUUUCAGCUCCAGUGACGACUUGACCAGAGGGAUCAACACGGCUGCGACCUGGAACCGUAGUCUCAUGCGUCAGCGAGGGGCGGCCCUUGGAGCCGAAUUUAGGGGAAAGGGUAUCCAUGUUGCUCUUGGACCAGCCAUGAAUAUCGCCAGGGUUCCACAUGCUGGAAGAAACGUUCGUAACUCUAUAAAUCAGGUGCACGGACUAUCUGAAAGCUAA